UCGGCCCGGAGCCCGUGCUAGGCGGGUGUCCCCUCGGCGCUGCCCAGCCGCCGCCUGCACUAGCCAUGGACUGCUACACGGCGAACUGGAACCCGCUCGGGGACUCUGCCUUUUACCGGAAGUAUGAGCUGUACAGCAUGGACUGGGACCUGAAGGAGGAACUCAGGGACUGCCUGGUAGCCGCUGCGCCCUAUGGGGGCCCCAUUGCACUGUUGAGGAACCCGUGGCGGAAGGAGAAGGCGGCCAGCGUACGGCCAGUGCUUGAGAUCUACUCUGCCUCCGGCCUGCCUCUGGCCAGUCUGCUGUGGAAGAGUGGGCCCGUGGUGUCCCUAGGCUGGUCAGCUGAGGAGGAGCUGCUCUGCGUGCAGGAAGAUGGUGUAGUGCUGGUCUACGGGCUUCAUGGCGACUUCCGGAGACACUUCAGCAUGGGCAAUGAGGUGCUCCAGAACCGGGUUCUAGACGCCCGGAUCUUCCAUACUGAGUUUGGUUCGGGGGUGGCCAUCCUCACUGGGGCCCACCGCUUUACGCUCAGUGCCAAUGUGGGUGAUCUUAAACUUCGCCGGAUGCCGGAGGUGCCGGGUCUGCAGAGCGCACCCUCAUGCUGGACCACACUGUGCCAGGACCGAGCUGCACACAUUCUUCUGGCCGUGGGGCCUGAUCUUUACCUCCUCGACCAUGCAGCCUGCUCGGCAGUGACGCCCCCUGGCCUGGCCCCUGGAGUGAGCAGCUUCCUGCAGAUGGCAGUCUCCUUCACCUACCGACACCUGGCACUCUUCACAGACACAGGCUACAUCUGGAUGGGGACGGCAUCACUCAAGGAGAAGCUGUGUGAGUUCAACUGCAACAUCCGGGCCCCCCCCAAGCAGAUGGUCUGGUGCAGCCGUCCUCGGAGCAAAGAGAGGGCUGUCGUGGUGGCCUGGGAGAGGCGGCUAAUGGUGGUGGGUGAUGCACCUGAGAGCAUCCAGUUUGUGCUGGAUGAAGAUUCCUACCUGGUGCCUGAGCUGGAUGGGGUCCGCAUCUUCUCUUGUAGCACCCACGAGUUCCUGCAUGAGGUUCCAGUGGCCAGCGAGGAGAUCUUCAAAAUUGCCUCGAUGGCCCCUGGAGCACUGUUGUUGGAAGCCCAGAAAGAGUAUGAGAAAGAGAGCCAGAAGGCAGAUGAGUACCUACGGGAGAUCCAGGAGCUGGGGCAGCUGACCCAGGCCGUGCAGCAGUGCAUCGAGGCUGCGGGACAUGAGCAUCGGCCAGACAUGCAGAAGAGUCUGCUCAGGGCGGCCUCCUUUGGAAAGUGUUUCCUCGACAGAUUUCCACCUGACAGCUUCGUGCGCAUGUGUCAGGACCUGCGCGUGCUCAAUGCCAUUCGGGACUACCACAUCGGGAUCCCCCUCACUUAUAGCCAAUACAAGCAGCUCACCAUCCAGGUGCUGUUGGACAGGCUGGUGUUGAGGAGGCUUUACCCUCUGGCGAUCCAGAUCUGUGAGUACCUGCGCCUUCCUGAAGUACAGGGCGUCAGCAGGAUCCUGGCCCACUGGGCCUGCUACAAGGUGCAACAGAAGGAUGUGUCCGACGAGGAUGUUGCUCGGGCCAUUAACCAGAAGCUGGGGGACGCGCCAGGCGUCUCUUACUCUGACAUUGCUGCACGGGCCUAUGGCUGUGGCCGCACGGAGCUGGCCAUCAAGCUGCUGGAGUAUGAGCCACGCUCUGGGGAGCAAGUACCCCUUCUCCUAAAGAUGAAGAGAAGCAAACUGGCACUGAGCAAGGCCAUCGAGAGUGGAGACACUGAUCUGGUGUUCACGGUGUUGCUGCACCUGAAGAAUGAGCUAAACCGAGGCGACUUUUUCAUGACUCUUCGGAACCAGCCCAUGGCCCUGAGUUUGUACCGACAGUUCUGUAAGCAUCAGGAGCUAGAGACGUUGAAGGACCUUUACAAUCAGGAUGACAACCACCAGGAGUUGGGCAGCUUCCACAUCCGAGCCAGCUACGCUGCAGAGGAGCGCAUCGAGGGGAGAGUCGCGGCUCUGCAGACGGCAGCUGACGCCUUCUACAAGGCCAAGAAUGAGUUCGCAGCCAAGGCCACGGAGGAUCAAAUGCGGCUCCUGCGGCUGCAGCGGCGCCUGGAAGAUGAGCUGGGGGGCCACUUCGUGGACCUGUCUCUGCAUGACACGGUCACCACCCUCGUCCUUGGCGGCCACAGCAAGCGCGCGGAGCAGCUGGCACGUGACUUCCGCAUUCCGGACAAGAGGCUCUGGUGGCUGAAGCUGACCGCCCUGGCAGAUCUGGAAGACUGGGAGGAGCUAGAGAAGUUUUCUAAGAGCAAGAAAUCGCCCAUUGGCUACCUGCCUUUUGUCGAGAUCUGCAUGAAGCAACACAACAAAUAUGAGGCCAAGAAGUAUGCCUCCCGCGUAGGUCCUGAGCAGAAGGUCAAGGCCUUGCUUCUCGUUGGGGAUGUGGCUCAGGCUGCAGAUGUGGCCAUUGAGCACCGGAACGAAGCAGAGCUGACUCUUGUGUUGUCCCACUGCACUGGAACCGCAGACGCGGCCACAGCCGACAAGAUUCAGCGGGCUAGGGCACAAGCCCAGAAGAAGUGAAGGGCUCACCCUGCACGUCACCCUGCGCUCUAGGCUUGGCAGAAGCAUCACUGCUUAUCCAGCUUCUUUAGAGCUGAGCUAAGCUGAGGAGCUGGGGUGAGGUGGGAGCCAGGGAUCUGAUUGUAAAUAAAGUUGGGACAUUUUAGAGCACUUGUCUCAUGCAGUCCAGCCUAAGCGAAAGCAUGCUGGAGGCAGAACCAUCCAGACAGUUCAGCAAAACUCCGUGUGUUUGAUUGUGUUGGGGCUGGAGGGGGAGCUCCUCAGUGAUACCUACAAGAGACCUGCCCCUCUCCACAGUUACGGAAGACAGUCCUGUAACUAAGCUCCCAGCCCCUAGGAAGAUUACGGGGAGCUGUGCAGAACUCCAGCAGCAGCCCAUCAGGAGCCAAUCUGAAAAGCAUUGUACACGUACACAGAAGAACCAUGCUAAACACUUCACCAUUGCUAUUUCAUUUAUUCCAUAAGACAGCCC